AUGUCCACCUGGAUGUCCAUCUGGGUGUUUGUCCAGGUGUCUGUCCAUCUGGACGUCCAUCUGGGUGUCCACCUGGGUGUUGUCACUGCUGCCCACAUGCUGCUGAGCGCCGGCUCCUCGACCCCUAUUUGGCGCUACGAGGAAGGCAUCAAGGGCGUCUUCCUCAGCAGCGACGUCCAGGUGACAGCUGGGCAGCUGCGGGUGACAACGGGUGGCCUCUACCUCCUCUACGGCCAGUUUGGGGUCACCUGCACCACCUCCACGUGUCCCCGGGGCACCAUCACCCUCGAGCUCUGCCGCGGGACGUCGCCGUUGCUCGUCAUCCCCUUGACGUUGGCCGACGAUGGAAAAACGCAACCAGUACGUUCCAGUUUGGUCCAAGCCGUUGGGCAGCUCCAAACUGGAGAUGUCCUCAGCCUGGGGCUGAAAAGGAACAUGGAGAGGGACAUCGAGGACGGGUGGCAGCUGGCACAGGACAACCGGGAGGGCAACUUCGUUGGGUUGUUGCGUAUCGCCGGGGGUGACGUGUGGGGCGACAGGGGGUGGCCAGUGGGGUUUGAGGCUGGGUCACCCUCCUGGGUGGAGGUUGGGGACAUCAAGGGACAUCACUGA